CACGCUACGCGCAGCCGCACCGCCAUCAACGCCAUCAAGAAUGGCUCGCUGUCGCGCUUCCGCGGUCUCGCUACCCCCGUCAGCCACGGCUCCAAGACUGAGAGCACCACCCUCAGCAACGGCUUCACCAUUGCCACCGAGCACUCUCCCUACGCCCAGACUUCCACCGUCGGUGUUUGGAUCGAUGCUGGCAGCCGCGCCGAGACCGACAAGACCAACGGCACUGCUCACUUCCUCGAGCACCUUGCCUUCAAGGGAACCCAGAAGCGCAGCCAGAGCCAGCUCGAGCUCGAGAUUGAGAACAUGGGUGGCCACCUGAACGCCUACACUUCGGUGAGACAAGCUUUGUCACCCUUAAUUCAACCUAUACCUAACACCUUCCACAGNCGCGAGAACACCGUCUACUAUGCCAAGUCCUUCAACUCCGACGUCCCCAACACCGUCGACAUCCUUUCCGACAUUCUCCAGAACUCCAAGCUCGACGCCCAGGCUAUCGAGCGCGAGCGCGACGUCAUUCUUCGCGAGCAGGAGGAGGUUGACAAGCAGCUUGAGGAGGUUGUCUUCGACCACUUGCACGCCACCGCUUUCAUGAACCAGCCCCUUGGUCGCACCAUCCUCGGCCCCAAGGAGAACAUCCAGUCCAUCAGCCGUGAUGACCUGACCAACUACAUCAAGACCAACUACACCGCUGACCGCAUGGUCCUCGUUGGCUCUGGUGGUGUUCCUCACCAGGAGCUCGUCCAGCUCGCCGAGAAGUACUUCGGCAACAUCCCCAUGGCUCCCCCAACUUCGACCGCUCAGGCCAUUGCCAACGCCCAGAAGGAGAAGCCCGACUUUGUUGGUUCUGAGGUCCGUAUCCGUGACGACACCAUCCCUACCGCCAACAUCGCCAUCGCCGUCGAGGGUGUCAGCUGGAAGGACGACGACUACUUCACCGCCCUGGUUACCCAGGCCAUUGUCGGUAACUGGGACCGUGCCAUGGGUAACUCGCCCUACCUCGGCAGCAAGCUCAGCACCUUCAUCCACGAGCACAAGCUCGCCAACAGCUUCAUGAGCUUCUCCACCAGCUACAGCGACACUNNGGCCUAUCUUAUUUGCGCAUUUACUAACGUUCUUUGGGGUAUCUACCUCGUCACCGAUGCCGUCACCCGUAUCGACGAUCUUGUCCACUUCACCCUCCGCGAGUGGUCUCGCCUGUCAAUGCAGGUCUCCGAGUCCGAGGUUGAGCGCGCCAAGGCUCAGCUCAAGGCUUCGAUCCUUCUCUCGCUCGACGGCACCACCGCCGUUGCCGAGGACAUUGGUCGCCAGAUCAUCACCACCGGCCGUCGUCUCGCGCCCGAGGAGGUUGAGCGUGUUGUUUCUCAGAUCACCGCCAAGGACGUCAUGGACUUCGCCAAGCGCAAGCUCUGGGACCGCGAUAUCGCCAUCUCUGCCGUUGGUCAGAUUGAGGGUCUGCUCGACUACUCGAGAGUCCGCAAUGACAUGACCAGAAUGCUGUCGUAA